AUGCCUGAGCAUGCCUUGGUGGCCACCACCACCAAGCUGCUUGCCAGCAUGGUGUACCACUACAAGGGCAUGGGGCUCAACAUGGGCACCAUGAUCUGCGCCUCUACAACGUGGACCCGCGUCCUGGGCACCACCUUUUCCAUGGGCUCAGGCUCACCUUAUGCCCGAUGGGUGCUGGACUGCAGCUACCACCCAGAGCUGGAGCCUGCCUGUGCUCUGGUGCUCCGUGCCGUCUUCCAGGCCACACACCGCAAUGCCUACUCAGGCGGCUACAUCUCCAUCUACCAUGUGGGGCCCAGUGGCUGGUGCUGUGUCCCCUGCGGCAAUGUCACCGAACUGCAGGAGUGCUAUGGGCCGAAUGGGACGGCAAAGAGGGAGGAGGAGCCCCACCUGCCCCUCUUCGGGCUCCACACCCCCGACGAGGGACUUGGUUUGGCCUCGCUGCAGGGGCUGUGUGUGGCGCUGGGGCCGGACGGGCUCACUGCGGGCCUGCGGGAGGAGCUGCGGCAGGCGAAGGCGACGCUGGCGCUUCACAGAAGGACGUGGCUGCACUGGGACGGGCUCUGGAGGGCGCUGCAGGAGCUGCUGUGGGACCCACGCGGGCUCGAGCCCCCCACCCGCCGGGAACUGGAGCUGCGCUGUGGGGUGCAGGGCAUGGCCCAGGCACUGCCCCCAAUGGAGGCAUCCCCUGCCCCCCUGCUUUCCCUGCUGGAACUCCGCCUGGCUGCCAAGGUCCUGGACCUCUCCAUUUACCACGCGGGGGAGGCAGCGCCGGAGCUGCCAUUGGCGGAGCCGGCGCCGACAUUGGCUGAGGAGCGGGAUCUCCCCCGUGCGGUGCUGCGCCUUGGUGCGGCCCUAAGGGAGGAGGCGCAGCGGCUGCAGCGCGCCCGGUGGCGACGCCAGCACCUGCAGGGGGCGUUGCAGAGCCAGCGCAGGCGCUACCAAGAGGUGCUGGGCCGGUGCUGGGCCUUGCUGGGGGCUUUGGCCAGUGCCAGCUGUGCUGGAGCCCUGCAGGAGCUGGACCAGCAGCACGGGCUCUACCUGGAGGGCAAAGGGGUGGCACUACUGCUCAAGAUACGGCUGGAGGAGCUGGGGCUGCUCCUUGCCUCCUACCCCCCACUCACCGUAGCUGCCCAUCAAUGCAUCAAGCAAAGAAUCUCAUUGGCCAUGGAAGAUGCAGAGAGGCAGGACCAGGAGCUGCGAGCGGUGCUCUCAGCCUAUCAAGGGCUGGGGGCGGGGCUGGAGGAGCUGGCCUCAGCCUAUGGGAGGCUACAGGAGGCGGUGGAUCAGAAGAGGUGGGCCCUGCAGCAGCUCCACCCACUCAGCCCAUGAUGUCAUGUGACAGCAGCCAAUAAAUGUGCCCAAAGGGCAGUCACUUUAUGAAUGAA